UGCCUAGACUGCUCUCACGCACUCAACCCCCUCCCCUUGACUACGAAGGAGGAGGAGCUGGCAACACAGUGGUGGAUGACUGACUGUUGUCGCUGAGAACAGUCUGCAUGCACAGGUUUUGUUUUGGUGUUGUUUCUAGCCAGUGUGUCAGCGUCACUAUCACGCUCAUAUUUACGUUUUUUCUCUCCCUUGGUUCAGUUUGCUAUCCUCUGCACAUUAUAAACCGAUAUUGUGAGCGAGGAGCACAUUCGGCUCGUGCGGAUACCGGCUAUAUUUCGCGGGAAACAGGCAGGUUCAGAAGCAUCGUACAAUCAACACAGCCAAUCGAAUCACGCGUACGACCACUGUCCAACGGAAGGCCUUCUUCUCCAUACUACUCCUGUUCAAGGUUAUUGGAUCCUUUUGGUGUCAAAUUCAUGAUCGGAAACCUCCAGGUUAAAAUGGAAGUUGCUGUGGCAGAAGAGAAGAAGAAGAUAUUCCGAGCCAGGAAAACCAUGAAGAUAAGCGACCGCCAGCAACUGGAGUCUCUCCACAGCACAUUGUCGUCCCCCGUCCCGCCCCUGUCCAAUUCCAAUUCCAGCUCUCCCCCUCCCCGUAGCCCACUGACGAACGGUACGCACACAGAGGAUGCACAGAGGGGGGCAGACAGAGAGCAAAACGACGUUGCGGUGACGUCUCGUUCCACAACCCCAGUCCCCCCUACCUCCCUGACCUCUCCAUCCCCUCCCCUUGCUCUGUCCCUAUCGUUGUCUCCCUCCCCACCAACCUCCCAAAGCCCCAAAGCCAAGGAAGAUGCCACUCCCUCCCCCUCAUCGCCAUUCCACAACCUUAACGACGUGCUGAAAAAGAUGGAGGAAGAGGGAAAGAAAAAGGAGUGUUCCACGUCCCCUUCCAAUAAGGACAAGGAAGGAAAGGAUACAGAGAUGGAGGUGGCAAAGACGGACGAGAAAGAAGAGAAAGCACCUGAGAUAGAGAAAGAGGAGGCCUGCACUACAACUGGAAAGAGCCAUGAGGACCAAGCCCCUAUGGAUCAGUAUCCUCUGGACUCUCCGUUCUCUCCCGUCUCGCUCGCCACGUCUGACAAAGAGUCUGGGAAGGAAAAGAGGACAGAGCAGAAAGAAGACACCGUGGCCAUGGAAACGGAAACGGAUACGGACAAGGACCAUACAGAGACCAAGGCCUCUGAGACCUCCACUUCCACGGAAGAGAGACCUUCCUCCCCCAAGGCCGCUACCAUGGCCUCCCCUGUCCGCACCCCCUCCCCCUCUGCUGCCCCUGAGCCGGAUCAGGACAUCAAAGAAGAGGUGGUAAAGAAGGGAGAGAAGAAGAAAGACGAUAGUCAGAAAGAGAAGGAAGGAGUAAUGAAGGAGGAAAAGAUGGAGGUAGUUUCUGUGAAAAAGGAGAAACAGAAUGUUGCCGGGUGUUCUACCUCGUCUCUUGCCUCUUCCACCUCUACAUCCACAAGUGACAAAGGGGUGAAGGUGAAGGAGGAAAAGAGCUCCUCUUCUGGACAGAAGCGUCCCCUGUUGGAAGGUGACGAGAAAGAUGGAGGGAAGGUUGAAAGAGACGGGAAGAGGCAGAAGGUGCAGGGCGUGGAGUUGGAAGCUCAGCUCGAGUUGAAAAUCACUGCGAAAGGUGGCAGUCGCCUAAAACUUGAAAAGGUUCUGCAGAAAAUGGUUGAGGAGCGGUUGAGGGCGCUGCAGCUCACCGUCUUCGACCAAGGUUUACAGGAGCUAAAAGACCGGGUAGAAAAGAUUGAUUGUGCCACAAAACACCAGAGCACCCUUAACACACUACAGGCCAAGAUUGCCAGAUUAGCAAAGAAAUUCGGAGAAGCCAACCAGGCCUCGGAGAACAAAAGAAAACAGGAGGCGCUAACGUCCCCUGUUGCCAAGACUGCACCUGCUACAAACACCAUUCCGACACAACGGCCAGUAGCAACUGUUGUAAAGCAGCCCAUGACCAGCCCAGUCUCUACCAACCAUACAGUUUCUCCGGUGAAGCAGGCCAAACCUGUCCCCACUACCACUACGGCCACUGCCAUGGUAACACAGGGCUCCAUUCUGCAGCUGAUCCCCACCUCCUCUAGCUCUGCCUCCCUGUGCACCGUCACCUCCCAGAGCGGCCCCACCGGCACCCUGCUCCUCAAGACCACCUCGGGCUCCAACGUGGUGGGCCAGAAUGGCCAGCCGCUCCUCAUCCAGCUUCCUCUCUCUGCCAUGGCCAACGGCGGGGCGGGAACCCUGGUCAACAUUCCUGUGUCCUCCUUCGCCGCAGCCAACUCGCUCAACAAGGCCAAGACCACUACUCCCACCACUACCUAUAUCCUUAAGGCCGGCCCCACCACCUCCACCAUGGCCGGCCCCACCACCUCCACCAUGGCCUUGCAGCCCAUCUCCUCCACCACCCAGCUCUCCCCAGCCAUGUCCCCAGCUCAGAUGACCCUGGCUCGGGCUGUGUACCAGGGGGGCACUGGGGGGAUCAGUACGCCCAGUGCUGGGAUGUCAGUGACCACAGCCAGGGUGCCUGUUCAGGCGUCCUCUGGUCCAGCCGCUACGGGCUCGGCAGCUCCAGGACCUCCUUCGGGGACAGCUAUGACGUCAAAGACAGAUAACCAAGCAACAAGCUCUACUCCAAACAAAACAGGGGCUCGAACCAAAGGCUCCUUCAUAGACCUCACUGAGGAGGAGGAGGAGGAGGAUGAUGAUGUGCUAGUGACUGGUGUGAGAAAGGCCAUUACGACUGCGGUAUCGUCCUCUUCAGUUACCCAGCGAUCUACUGGACCUCCUCCGCUGAUCAGCACUCCUAGUGGCACAACAUCAAGAGCAUCUCCUCAACAGUCAGUUGGUGGUCCUCAUCUGACAGUUCACUACCGCCCCCCUCUGAUGCCAUUGUCUAAUAAGGAGAGGGCUGCACGGCACAGACAAAAGAUUAACGCAGAUCCAGUUGCUAGGGAGGAAAGACUAGCCAGAAGAAAAGCAAGCUAUCAGAGAAGAAAGAAGGAUGUCAAUCCUGAUCAUCCACCGAUCCAUACAAUGACACAAUCUGAUGCGGAAAAAAAGAGGGAAAAAUGGAGAUUAAAUCAGAGGAGGCGGCGUGAAAAAAAUAGAACAAAUUAUUGUGGUGAUGAAUUUAACUCCAGUGUCCACUGAAGGAAACUAUUUUGAGCAGCCCCCUGAACAACUUGUACAACAUGAACCUGCACCUCCAGAGCUGGUGCAACUAUUCUUGACUCCAGAACCUUGAGCAGCCCCCUGAACAACUUGUACAAGUACAACAUGAACCUGCACCUCCAGAGCUGGAGCAACCAUCCUUGACUCCAGAAUCUUGAACCUCAAUCUCAAACACUGGAGCAACCACUUGCUUCCUCUACUCUAAAAAAAGUGAAAAGGGUAUCAUAGCGUUGCAAGCGGCUGCAAAAGGAAAAACGAGAACUAAUGAAGAACAUUCUCCAACUGGAAAUGCAACUAAAACAAUCGCAACAAAAAAGUGACAAAUUACGAAAGGGCAUGCAAAGGUCAAAUAAAUUCAAAUGCUGAAAAAUACAGGCCACGAGGGAAAAAUAAAAUGUCUUCAGUGAGGAAAACACUGGUCAUUGCAUUUCUCAAUAGAGAUGAAAAUAGUGGCCUUUUCUCAGGGAAGAAAGACACUGUCAUGCAAAAGAAGGUUUAGAGGUGCAUACUCAUGACAUCUCUAAAAUAACUCAAUGCAGAGUACAAUUCAGAGGUGGAUGGGACACUCGCUGUCAUAGACAGUUUUUACGACUGUGGCCAUUUUGCAUUACAGAGCAAAAGGCACAUGACCUCAACGCCUGUGCGUGUCUCAAUCACGAGAAUGUGAAACUUCUAGUUGACAGGUUGAGCCAAAGUGGGUUGCUGCAAACCUCAAGCGUUUCCGAGUUACUGUCUUCCAUUGUCUGUGAUCUCAAGAACAAGCAAUGCAUGUACCGUCUUUGUGCAAAGUUAUGCUAUGAUGAAAUAGAGCUGGCCCUACCUGAAGAGAAUGACUAAUUUCCUGGCAACAGUGGCAAAGGGAGAAAUCGAGCAAUGGAGAAAGGUCCUUCUCAAAUUUUGUGGGAAAAAAAACAGAUGGGCACGGGGCUCGAUCUGGUUAAAAACUUAAACAAGUAACUGGAUGCUAUUGCGAGGCACCAGUUUAACUGGCUGCACCAAGUUGAGCAGUGCUGAAACUUAAAAGACACACUUAAAGAACACAAGGUUGUAAUCCGCAUGGACUUUUCUGAAAAUUAUGCAUCAGCUGCAUACAGAGGUUCAGGCUUUUCAUUUUGGGGGCGGCCGUAAGAAGGCAACUAUUUACACAAGUGUUGUGUACACACCACAGGAAUGACAAUCCUAUGCCUCCAUUUCAGAGUCCCUCUGGCAUGACGAGCGUGCCGUGUGGGCUCAUCUGAAGCCUGUCUUGGAUGAUAGGAAGGGAAAAAAACAUCCCCGACUCCACUACAUGCAUGAGUGAUGGCCCCGUCACGCAAUAUAGAAAUAAAUAUAAUUUCUACCUCCUGAGCACGGUGUCAUUUCUCAUGGGGUUCAAAGAGGUAAUUUUUCUGAGAAGUCCCACGGAAAAGGUGCACUCGAUGGGGUUGGUGGUUCGGUUAAACGUUGUGCAGAUGAGUUUGUCAAAAAGGGCGGUGACCUCCAGAGCCCAAAGGAGCUCUACACCAUGCUGGAGAAAACGCAGUCAAGUGUAAAGUACUUCUGGAUUGCUGAGGAUGAGAUUAAACGAUUUUGAUGAAGCAGUUCCAAAUGAGUUGCCAGCUGUCAAAUAAACCUUAAAAAUCCACCAGAUCAUCGCAAAGGAACCUGGAAAGAUCCACCAUCGGGAGGUGUCCUGCAAUGGUGAAACCACCAGAGGACUUAAAAGGAAAGUUCAUAAUAGUCCAUUAUGAUUACCAGCUAUUUGUUGGACAAGUUUUGACGGUUGUAGGAGAGUAGAUGGAAAUCAGUUGCAUGCAACAAGCAGCUGAAAGAAAGAAUGAAUUUGCUUGGCCCCAAGUUCAGGACAUCACAUACUACUUCAAGUCGGAUGUCCAAGCAGUGAUCUCCGAACCAGAGCCGUGUACUACAAAACGAAGGAAUUCAAAAUUCUGCAACUCUGACUGGGAAAAGUUUACAGAGCUUUAUUAGUCCUAAUUCAAAGUUACACACCAGUUAGGCUACAGAAUACUACUUAGGCCUACACAAGAAAACGACAUACACAAGCAAUCUAAAAAGAAAUCCAUGUUUUAAAGAUGUUAUUGAAUGUUCAAACAAUGGAUUUGGUUAGUAUUCUGAUGUUCAGAAUACAGAAAUGUUUUGUUUUGAUGUUGGUGGAAUAAUUGUUUGUGCAUUUUUUUUUCAAAUGCAUGAUGUAAUGUCAUGACAUUACUUUGAGAAAGAUAUCCACUGUUUCGUGAUGAUUUUAAGCAAAACUACAGUUUUUUUUCCCAAUGUUUAUGGAAUGUUUUUUAAUGAAUGCUUUGUUUGAAAUGUUCAAUGCUGAUUUAAUCCUAUGUGAAUUAAAUUGUACCUCGUGUCAGUUAAACUAUGUUGUGUAGUUAAACCCAUGUUCUUUGUGUGUGGCAUAUGGGUAAUUUCUCUCUCUCUCUCUCUAGUAUGGAAGAGAUUUUAUGUUCAGUUAGCCUGCACAUUUUAAACAUCUUAUCCAGU